UCAAAUAUAAAUAUUUGCCCUAUAAAGAAUUCAAUUUAACUUCUAGUGUAACGUCAUUAGCUCCUUUUCUCACAGAUGUGAGAAAUGUUGAUUGAAAUUAAAUGCCUGAGGUUGUAGAAAAGAUUCAAAUGAAAUUAGUCAAUUGCAAAUUGGUCAAGGUUUUUGUUCAACUGAAACAAUAUAUAAUGUUUUCAUGGAACCAGUUGACAAGAUUCAAGUCAAAAUGUAAUUUAUUUUUAAUUAUCACUAUGUCAUUUUCUUUAUUUUUACACUAAUGUGUUCAGCUGUUCAGUGUGGAUUCAUGGUUAUGCAUACCAAAUGGGACCUCUGAUGCACAUGGUCCACAUAAAAUCAUUUGGCUGAAAAAGAGGAGGGAACUAGAUUGUGGAGCGUACUGUAUGUAAUGUGGGCUUUUGGCCUGCAACAUAAUGGUUACACCCACAAACAAACGACGAAUCAUGUGAGGCAAAAAAAAAAAAACCAGAUGUCUCCAAGGGGAUCCUGCAUCAAGCAAAGAUUCAAUUUCCUGACAAAAGGACACUGGUAUGUAUUAUUUCACAUGCAUGACUUCACAUUCUCUGUAAGCUGAGACACUUGCAUCAAUUAUGCUGCAUUAAGAAAACAUCAUAAUGUGGAUUUUGAAUAGGGCUGGGCCAUUUUCUGUCUUUUUAGGAUAAAUGCAUACCAGAAGUGAUCUCAAAUUGAGAACAGAAAAUGCAGUCCACACAUCUCAAGAGAUAAAAAUUUGAUUAAUGAUUUCUUACCCAAUAAUAAAAUAGUCUUUUGGCCUUUUGUUAGCCUUCUGCAAUUGAUUUGCAAGAACAUUGUGCAUUUGUUUGUCUUGGAGACAUUGGGGUGUGGGGUUUUGUGUUCAUAUGAACAGUGUGGGGACAUUGUGGUUGUCAUCAAGAACAGAUUGUAAAUUAGUUUUCCACUGAGGUGAUAACUGAGGAUAGCAUCAUAGCACAGCUUACAUAUUUGUAUUCCAAAUAUAUCUGUUAUAAUGCAUGAUAAAUGUAGUUACAUUAAGAGGUCCUGACAAUUCUUCUGCCAUGCUUUGCAUAUUUCCUGUCCCAGUCAUUGCCUAUUUUUGCUACUAAUAUUGACAACUGUUUUGGCUUCAACAGGCUUACAAGCAUCGCAGGAAAUGUGAAGAUGUCUCUUCCAGAAUAAAAGCAAGGAAAAGUUAGAAUUUUCUUUCCACAUUUGUUGUUUUUUGGAACCAAAAAGGAUUUCAAACGUUCAUUGUAGCAAUAUAUCGUUGGUUCAAUACUACAAAACAGGAAAUGUCAUUCCACUCUUGCAUAUGACAGUAGUUUGAGUGCCAACAUGUCCUUAUAGGAUCAAAGUUAAAGGUAGUCACUGUGUAAAGAUAGCAGUGGGAAUUAUGUUGUACGAGCAGUGGUAAUGUUUGGGCAUACUGAAAUGGAAAUAGUUUAUUCAUUCAAUAGUUUGUUAUUUUUCCCAUUUAGGGUCUAUAGCAGUGCAUUAUCUUCAGAAGUGGUGAACAGUACAUACUGUAUUUUUGGGAACACGUAAUACAAUACAAUUAAAAUAGUACCAAAAUACCAGUUUGAAUUGUCUCAUUUGUCACAUUCAAAACCCAUCAAUAUCCUUUAUAUAAAAAUAAUCCCCUUAAUUAACCAAUAAAUAGUAAGUUUUUUGCCCAAAGUCACUGCUUAUUUUAUUUCUCUGUAUGUGUAUUUGCAGUUUGCAGUGGCGUAGAACUUGCUCUUCAUCAUACUUGACAGCUGCUAAUAUUUAUUCUCCAAAUAUAUUUAAAUGAAAUGAGCAGUUGUAGUUUACAAAGGCAUGCAUAGAGUAUUAUUUCACACAUUGCGAGUAUUGCAAGUUAGUAAGUAAGUAAGUACCGGUAAAGUAAUUAAAGAUGUACCGGUAAGUGAAGACAUAGCGGUAGUAAGUAAAUAAGUUUUUUUUAUAAAGCACUGUCGACCGAGGACUCAUAAAUUAGUGCGUCACUUAGUUAUAAAAUAAUAAUUUAUAAAAUACUGAAAACAACAUUCUACAGGUAAAACAAGGCAAAUCAAACUAAUAAAAAUAUCAAAACAAUGCUGUCUUAUACUGGACCGUGUGUGUGGUUUACCUCAUGUUAGGACCGGUUGAGUUUGUGGGCAAAACUACAAAGCACAAAUCAAAUGCAGUCGUAGUAGUAAUGCUUUAAUUUUGAAAUGUACAGAGGAUGGUGCUGUUCGGGUGUGACCACUUGGUUCGGACAGCAGUGGAUGCAUAAUCUUCAAUGUGGACAGUCUGCGAGCUCCAGGGUGUGAGGCUGGGAUGAUAAUGAAGCCCACCAUGAAGAUCGAGCAUUCUUAACAGCAACAACAAAAAAACAUCUCCGCGUGCUUGAGGCAGUAAAGCACCCAGAUGUGUGUGGAUGAUGGGUCAUUUAUGGAUGUGCUACACAAUCCUUUUUACGGCUGCUUUGGUGAGCUCAACGUCGACGGAUGGCGACGAAGAGUCCUGCAAUGCUGCAUUCGAUGUUUAUUUUGUUUUGGACAGGUCACAAAGUGUGUCGGGACACUGGCAUGAGAUCUAUAGAUUUGUGGAGCAGCUCACCAAUAAGUUUGUCAGUCCCACGAUGAGGGUGUCCUAUAUUGUAUUUUCAACCCGAGCGGUUGUAAUCCUGCCAUUAACUGAAGACAGGUCCGAGAUAGAUGAGGGUUUGACUAAACUGAGCCAAACCAAACCCACUGGUUUAACAUUUAUGCAUGAAGGCUUGAAAGCAGUGUUGGAACAGAUGAUGACACAAACGACGCCGUCUCGCAGCAUCAUCAUCGUUCUGACUGACGGCGAGCUGGAGGUGUACCCCUUCCAGCUGAGUGUGGAGGAGGCUAACAAAGCCAGAACCUUUGGAGCCCGAGUAUACUGUGUCGGGGUCAUGGGCUAUGACCACAGGCAGCUUGUUCAAAUAGCUGACAGUGCGGCGCAAGUCUUCCCCGUGUUGUUGGGCUUUCAUGCUCUCAAAGAUGUCGUCGGCUCGAUCCUAAAGGAGUCCUGCUCGGAAGGCUUCACGAUAGAACCGGCAAGUGUUUGCGUAAAUGAGUCUUUCAAUGUGGUGCUGCGAGGAAGUGGCUACAGCGGAUCAAAGAGGACAGACGACGUUCUCUGCUUCCUCACAGUCGGUCAAGACACGUACAGACAGAAGGCAACACUCGUUAGAGAAGGUCAUCUGCUUUGUCCUGCCCCUGUGCUGCAUGAGGCUGGACAAUCAGUUGAGGUGCUGGUGAGUUUAAACAAUGGAUGGUCUUACAUAUCUGCUCCCAUCACCAUCCACGCCACAAACUGUUCAGAUGGGAGUUGGGUGUUGUGGCUGCUGUUGGCUCUUUUGCUGUUGGUGAUUCUUGGUCUGCUUUGGUGGUUCUGGCCUCUGUGCUGCACCGUGGUGAUCAGAGACCCUCCACCCUCUCGCCCUCCUCCUCCCCUUCCUAUACUUGAGCAAGAGGAAGACUUGUCUCCCAAACACAAGUGGCCCACAGUGGAUGCGUCAUACUAUGGGGGGAGAGGUCCUGGUGGAAUCAAACGCAUGGAGGUCCGCUGGGGUCAGAAGGGCUCCACUGAGGAAGGCUCAAAGCUGGAGAAAGCCAAGAACGCGGUGGUCACCAUACCAGAUGAAGUAGAGGAGGAUAUCGGGCCUCGACCACCGCCAAGUCCUCCGCCUGGUUGGAACGCCGUACCGGAGCCCAAGUGGUACACUCCCAUCAAGGGGCCUUUUGAAGCAUUGUUGGCAUUGUUGAGAAGGAAGUACGACAGAGUGGCAAUCAUGAGGCCAUCACCUCAUGACAAGGGCCGAUGCAUCAACUUCACCAGAGUUCACUGAAAAUGAAACACAAACUACAAUUUACAGGUGUGUUGUCAUUAACUUUAUAUUAUAUAUAUAUAUAUAUAUAUAUAUAUAUAUAUAUGUGUGUGUGUGUGUCAGUACUUAUAUAUAUAUAUAUAUAUAUAAGUAUAUAUAUAUACUUAUAUAUAUAUAUAUAUAUAAGUACUGACAUCUAGUGGUGGCUUUGGUUUACAGUACCUGUAUUUGUAAAUUACAGUUAAUUUGGAAGCAAUCGGGAGUCAAACCAGGAAGUCAGUUUGCUUGCAGAGAUUGUUUUUCUUCGUCAUUUCGAUCAGCAACCGUCCUCGUUUUUCAUGGCAUUGAUUUUUAGUAUUUUAUGAAUAUAUUUUAAGUUAAGUACAGAAGCGUAUUGCUGCCACAACAGAAAAAAUAGGUUGUUAUUUGAACAACUUGAAAUUUACUGUUUGAGCUUCAGAGUGAAGCUAUUUGUAAAAAAAUAUAUUUUGUUUGCUUGUAGUUUUACAAAAAAAGGAAAAUAUAUGAUACAUUAAACUUGUGAACACAACAUUUCAGUCUCUAGUGCUGUAUCGUUCUUAAAAUGUUGACGCUGUUAGGUCCCAU